UUUCUCUUCUGUAAAUCAAGGAGAGAAUGGUGAAGGAUACAAGGUCGUUAGAUUGGAAACCAUGGUCUGUAUUCAAGCAAUCCCAUUUUCUAGUGAGAUUUUCUGUUUCAGUUCUAGUGAUAUGUCUCGGUUUUCACAUCAUUUACUCUACUAUCACUAAUGAUGAUAUUUAUUCAAUGGGAUUUCUGUCAACUGCCAUCACUAAAACUCCUUCUGUAGAGACGGCGGUGUCGCCGCCACGUGCUGCUCCUUCUGUACUGAAAACAGUAGACGAUACGGUCUCACCAGCACCUGCUCCUUUAGUGGAUUCCGCUAAGUUGCAGACAAGCAAAAAUCAGAAUCAGAUUCCAAUGAAAGAAAAGUGUGAUCUUUCAAUUGGGGAAUGGAUUCCGGAUCCAUCAGGACCUGUGUACAAUACUGAGAGUUGUUCUAAUAUCCUUCCUGACGACCAGAAUUGUAUUAAAAAUGGGCGACCAGAUUCAGGGUUCCUAUACUGGAGGUGGAAACCACGAGAUUGCGAAUUACCAAGGUUUAAUGCAGUGAAAUUUCUUGAUUCAAUGCGAAAUAAACAUUGGGCUAUCAUUGGUGAUUCUAUUUCUCGAAACCAUGCUCAAUCAUUUCUCUGCAUUCUAUCCAAAGUGGAAGCAGCGAAUGAAGCUUACCAUGACGAGGGGUUCAGAACUCAACGCUGGCACUUUCCCUCAUAUAACUUCUCCCUCACGGUGAUCUGGUCUCCAUUCUUAGUUAAGGCCUCUGAAGAUGCAAAUGUUUUUCGGUUAGACCUCGAUAAACUAGAUAAGAAAUGGGCAGAUCAAUAUUCAAGUUUCGAUCAUGUGAUAAUUUCUUGUGGAAGAUGGUUUCUGAGGGAUUCAACUUACUACGAAAACAACACAAUGCUAGGUUGUCAUAACUGUCCAGAGAAGAACUUGACAGAAUAUCGGUUGGACAAUGGUUAUCGUAAAGCCCUUAGAACGGUAUUCGACUUUGUGCAGACUUCUAAUCACAGCGCCGUAGUUUUGUACAGGACCACAACACCAGUCCAUUACGAGAAUGGGUAUGGAAACGCAGGAGGAACAUAUGAUAGAACUGCGCCAUGUAAAGAAGGAGAGAUUCAUUUGAACGAUGAGGAAGUUAUUUUCCGUAAUGUUGAGUUGGAAGCAUUCAAGGAUUCAGAAACCAUUGGAUACUCCGGUAAAAAAAUAACUACGAAACUUUUGAACGUUUCUAAACUUUCAUUACUUAGGCCUGACGGACAUCCUGGUCCAUACUGGCAUUUCCAUCCGUUAGCUAAGGAUAAAAAUGCCACAGAUCCGAAUCCUGACUACUUGCACUGGUGUUUACCAGGACCUAUUGAUAAUUGGAACGAUUUGAUCAUGGAGAUGGUGUUAAACGAUUAAUAUUUCUUGUAAAUGACAGAAAUAAAUGUUCGAUUAUUUUCUCUGCCAAUAAUACCAUUUAGCACUAAACUUAUCAGCAGGGACAGGGGUGUCAACUGUGUGGUUGUGGUAGUGAAUACCCAGAAGUCCAA